GCCCUUUAUAGGGAUGUCAUGCAGGAGAACUAUGAGACGGUGACCUCGCUGGGAUUUCCUGUUCCCAAACCUGACCUGAUCGCCCGACUGGAACAAGGGGAAGAGCCGUGGGUCCCAGAUUGCCAGGCCGCAGAGGAAGUGGAGAGCCCGAAAGGCAUCCACACAGCACAGACAGUGACUCCUGUCUGGAUUCUCUCUCUCCCAGCAGGCGAUAGGACAGUGAGUGAGAACAAGGAGGAGAAUCAGCAGCAGGAAGGUCCUGAGAAAGUGGAACCGCAGGAGAGGUUUUUGAGAAGAGCUGAAGGGAAUUUUUCCCAGUGCUUGGAACAGGAAAAAGCCUGGGGAAAUCGGUGCAGGUCAGAGAGGCAGCUGAGAAACUAUUUCAUUUAUUGGGCGGAUGAAUCCAUUCAAUAUGGGGGAGGAUGCAAAGAUCCCAAGGAAACCACAGCCCCACAGACGUAUCACCAGGAAGAGAAACACUAUAAACGCCUAGAGAGUAGGAAAAGUUUCAAUGUGAGUAGAAACCUUGUUACAUGUCGGAGAAACCAUUCAGGCGAGAAACCCUAUAAAUGCUUGGACUGUGGGAAAACCUUCUGUAAGAGCUCAGACCUUAUUAAGCAUGGUAGAAUGCACACAGGGGAGCGACCUUAUAAAUGCCUGGACUGUGGGAAAACCUUCACUCAGAGCUCACACCUCAUUACACACCAGAGGCUGCACACAGGAGAGAGACCAUAUAAAUGCCUUGAGUGCGGGAAAGGAUUCAACGUGAGAUCAAACCUUAUUAAACAUCAGCAAAAUCACACAGGAAGGAAACCCCAUAUUUGUUUGGAUUGCGGGAAAUGUUUCAAUCACAGCUCCUACCUUAUUACGCAUCAGAGACUGCACACGGGAGAGAGACCCUAUAAGUGUCUUGAGUGUGGGAAAAGUUUCAAUCAGAGCUCUAGUCUUAUCACGCAUCUGAGAACCCACACGGGAGAUAAACCCUAUCAGUGCCUCGACUGUGGGAAAAGCUUCAAUGUGAGAUCACAACUUAUUAUUCAUCAGAGAAUCCACACGGGAGAGAGACCUCAUAAAUGCUUGGACUGUGGCAAAAGCUUCAGUCACAGCUCACACCUUACUAAACAUCGGCGAAUUCACACUGGAGAGAGACCCUACAAAUGUCUAGAGUGUGGGAAAACUUUCAAUCAGAGCUCACACCUUAUUAUGCAUCAGAGAACCCACACGGGAGAGAGACAUUAUAAGUGCCUCGAAUGUGGGAAAAGUUUUGUUCGGAGAUCAGCCCUUAUUACGCAUCAGAGAAUCCAUACGGGAGAGAAACCCCAUACAUGUUUGGACUGUGGGAAAAGUUUUAGUCAGAGAUCAGCCCUUAUUAGACAUCAGAGAAUCCAUACGGGAGAGAAACCUCAUACAUGCCUCAACUGUGGGAAAAGAUUCAUUCAGAGAUCACACCUUAUCACACAUCAGACAAUCCACAUGGGAGAGAAAACCCAUAAAUGUUUGGACUGUGGGAAAAGCUUCAAUAACAGCUCCUACCUCACCAAACAUCGGAGAAUCCACAAGGGUGAGAUACCGGGGGCCCCGCUCGGAGGGAAGGCUGAGGAAUCACGUCCACGUUUCACUCUAGAUCGUCCCAUCUUCCAGGGGACAGGGAAGGGAACUGGCUGUGAUGGAGCCAGCUCAGGAUUCCCCAUUCCCAAACCUGAGCUGAUCGCCCGGUUGGAAGGAGGGAAGGAGCCGUGGGUCCCAGAUCUCCAGGCCGCGAAGGAAAGGGAGAGCCCGAGAGGCACCCGCACAGCACAGGCAGUGACUCCUGUCUGGAUUCUCUCUCUUCCAGCAGGUGAUAGGACAGUGAGUGAGAACAAGGAGGAGAAUCAGCAGCAGGAAGGUCCUGGGAAAGUGGAACCGCAGGAGAUGUUUUUGAGAAGAGCUGAAGGGAUUUUUUCCCAGGACUUGGAACAGGGAAAAGUCUGGGGAGAUCGACACAAAUCAGAGAUGCAGGUGGGAAAUUAUCCCAGGAGGAAACUGGAUGAAUCCAUUCAAUAUGGGGCAGCAUGCAAAGAUCCCAAGGAAACCACAGCCCAGCAGACAUAUCACAGGGAAGAGAAACCCUAUAAAUGCCUAGAGAGUAGGAAAAGAUUCAAUGUGAGUAGAAACCUUGUUACACUUCAGAGAAACCACUCAGGCAAGAAACCGUAUAAAUGCUUGGACUGUGAGAAAACCUUCAGUAAGAGCUCAGACCUUAUUAAACACGGCAGAAUGCACAUGGGGGAGCGACCUUAUAAAUGCCUGGACUGUGGGAAAACCUUCAUUCAGAGCUCAGAUCUUAUUACACACCAGAGGCUGCACACAGGAGAGAGACCUUAUAAAUGCCUCGAGUGUGGGAAAAGAUUCAAUGUGAGAUCAAACCUUAUUAAACAUCAGCAAAAUCACACGGGAGGGAAACCCCAUAUUUGCUUGGAUUGCGGGAAAUGUUUCAAUCACAGCUCCUACCUUAUUAUGCAUCAGAGAUUGCACACGGGAGAGAGACCCUAUAAAUGUCUUGAGUGUGGGAAAAGCUUCAGUCACAGUGCACACCUUAUUAAACAUCGCCGAAUUCACACAGGAGAGAGACCGUAUAAAUGUCUUGAGUGCAGGAAAAGUUUCAAUCAGAGCUCACACCUUAUUGUACAUCAGAGAACGCACACGGGACAAAAACCCCAUACAUGUUUGGACUGUGGGAAAAGUUUUAGUCAGAGAUCGGUCCUUCUUAGACAUCAGAGAAUCCAUACGGGAGAGAAACCCUAUACGUGUUUGGACUGUAUGAAGAGUUUUAGUCAGAGAUCAGCCCUUCUUAGACAUCAGAGAAUCCAUACGGGAGAGAAACCCCAUACUUGUUUGGACUGUGGGAAAAGAUUCAUUCAGAAAUCACACCUUAUUACACAUCAGACAAUCCACAUGGGAGAGAAAACCCAUAAAUGUUUGGACUGUGGGAAAAGCUUCAGUAACAACUCCUACCUCACUAAACAUCGGAGAAUCCACAAGAGUGGGAUACCCUAGAAAUACGCCAAUGGUGGGAAACGAUUCAGUGGGAACUCACGCAUCAGAGAAUUCCCACAAGAAGGAGAGAUUUUUGACUUUUUAAAAGACCUUUAAUAAAAUUGGUACACGAAACGCAGUGAAAA